GUCCGCAGCGGCAGGAAGGAAAUGGCGUCCAAGAUCAGCGUGGUGCUGCGGCCGGUAAAAAGCAUCGUGGUCCGCUUCUGCCCCUUCGAGCCCAACGUGGAGAGCACGAGAAAAUUUCUUGGAUGCAUAAGCCAUAAAAAAAUCCAGGCUACUAACAAAAACUGUGAAGUGACUGCUGAUGUGAGACAUGAUGGGUCUGAACCACUUGUAGAUGUUAUGUUUGCUGAUGGAGAGCGAUUGAUAAUGAAGGGAGCCAACUUAACAACAAUAGAAAUGUUAACAGCAUUGGGGUCCAGAUGUGAUGCAAAAGAGCUUAAAGAGGAACAGAAGAGUAAGAAGAAGAGUCGUUGAAGAACAGAAAAAUAACUGUCUUUGCAUUUACAUGUGUUAAAAACAGCAGGCUGCACAGAACGCUUUUCUCCUAUGCAACAAACUCUGAAAGAGAAAGAUGGCCAAAACACUGACCAGUUUAACAUGCAGCAAAACAGGCCGUAUAAACGUUCCCCAGCUUUAGCUGGAGGAGAACUUAGUGGAACAACAAAUCUUCUAACACUAGUGGGUCAGACUGACUUAAGAUGCGUGAAUUACAUCUUUUUAAGCAGUUGCCUCCCAAGUCAUCUGCUUGUUGGACUAAUAUCACGUGUUUGCAUAUAGUGUGAAUAAUGCAUGUUAGCUAUUAAAGUAAUAUUACAAUGAAGACAGAUCUCUUUGGACAUUAUUUCCUACAGGAUUGCUAUUCAGUGGAAUGAAUGCAAAAUACUAUUAGAGUGGUUAUUAUUUUUGAAAAUUUAAAAAGAACUUUGAAAGUAUUCAUUAUUGACUUAGGUGAGGGACAGCAAAUACAGAGUGGAUUUUGUAAUGCUAUAACACAUCUGUUGCUAAGUCCCUGCCCGUUUACUUCCUCUGUUUUUCAAGAAAGUAUGAAAUUUGCUAGACUGUAAAUUUAGCUCAGCAAUUUAAGUAAUGAGGUAAUAGGUCUGUGAAUACACAGUAGAUCUACUUGUCCCGCGUAAAAGUAGCUAAGGUCACCUGAAAAGGGAGGGUAAGUUAGAGUUUUUGAUAAUUGGAGAAUAGGGCUAUUUUUGAAGUUCAGUUUUGUAAUAUUUUUGUCACUUUGGGGAGAUUUCAUUAAAUAUUUUACAAAGAUCAAAGGGAAGGCUUUAUUUGGUGUUUAUAGCCCCAUGUCCAACCCUAUUAUUUGUUGAAGUGUGUGCUUAGAUGUCUCAUCUGUAUUGCAAAGCUCUGUGGGUUUGGGAGGGUUGAUCUCUCCUCAGGCUGUGCAAGUGAAGGUGUCAACUGCACAUGUAUUUAAUGUGCGUCAGUUUUCUUCUGGUUCAAUAUGUAAUGAAAAAUGUAACUAUAAAGUUCCAGGUUUGAGAAUUGCACAUGCAGUAGCAUUGAGAGGCGUUAGUUCUACCUGUUGUUAAUCCAAGUUCUGUAAAAUUGUAGUAUAUAUUUUUCCAAAGUUAAUUUGGCAGAAGAUUUAGAGCACAAAUUGAAAAUGAUUUUUACAUUUCUUUUGCUGAGAUUUGUAAAUGGACACUGUCCUUUCUGAAAGCAAUAUUGUUUUAAAUAGCACUGUCAAGGUAGUUCUUUGCAACUUCUUCAGCAGGAUGCUGAAGUCAAGGCGAUAUAUUGGAGGAGCAGAGCUGUGCUAAAGACAUUUGAUAUUUUAUGGUGGCUGCCUCCAUGUGUUUGCAAGAUAAGAUGAUUGGGACUGAUGGGUCCGUGAAACUUAGACAUGGGAACAAUAGAUGAUAACGGCAUAGUCUGGGAUGAAUACCUUCACUGAAGUUUGUUAUCCUUUUUUUUUCAUUAGGCCACCAGGUCUUCUGUGUGGUUUCAAAGUGCUUAGCUCCUGAACCUGCCACUGAGCUCCCUUCUAGUUGAACAAGAAGAUCUGAAACUGAGAGCGUUUUUAAGUCCUCUCAAGCUAGAAUAGUAUCCUAGAAAGUGGGCCGAAUAGCAGUAAGGCUGGUCAAAGGACAGUUUUGGUUUCUCUCUUCCUCCAGACCACCGAGCUUAGAAGAACAUUGUAUAGCAUGACUUUACCCAAAGAAGCCUUACAAGGAAAGCGACAGUUGUUCAAGUGGAAAAGCACUGCAGAAUUGCUAAUUCCCUGUUUAAUCAUGUAUUCAUAUGUAUUCAUAUGCUCAAAAGCCCUCUUGCUGUAAUACAUCAGUGAUUUUAUGAUGUAUUUUUUUUAGAGGUUUUUUGGCAGUUUGUACAGCAAUGUCAGUGUAUAAAACUUUUGUUUAGAUGUGAAGCACUUAUAUCCAUCCUAAAUAAUUAGCCAUCUCUUAAGUACUUAGAGAGUAAACCAGAGAUUAAAUAAUAUGAAGUUUCUAUAGUGUUUAUUUGGCCCAAGAUUAGGGGUUCGUAUUUAAGAAAAGAAAAAGAAGAAUCAAGGUCCCCGUUCAGGCUUUUUGUAGCCGAAAUAUGUCCUCUCUACUGUUGAAGAAAGGUGAUUUUUUUGUUCUUUACUUUCAUGGAUAGACAUUCUGCUUUCUGUGUCACACUCUUAUUAGGUGUUCUCAUUUUACCCCAGAGCUGCCCAACCUUUUUGCUUAGGUUACGCCAAAGGCCUGUAAUGUAGUCGUUGAGAGAUGACUGAACGUGCAGUGGAUGAGGUUGCUUAGCUGAUGCUGCUUUUGCUGUGUGUGCUGGUAGCUUCAAUUUGCAGUAGUAAAACUCCAGUAUGUUUUGUGCAUGAAAAAGUAGUCCUGACCAGGAUUUGAAUAUAUAAAGAAAAACAUACUGGAUAGAAAAAUAAAGCUGAAAAUGUGCAUUCUCAAGACUUAAAAGAUAUUGAGAUGAUACAAGCAGUCAAUAUGGUCAAGAAGGUGCUCUGCUGGUGAUGAUUAUGCUAAUAUGUAGAAAACUGUUCUCCGUGUACCAUGUAGAAAAAGGUAUAUUUCUCAAAUAUGAUUAAGAUAAUCUUUAAUUCAUUUCUUCUCUAAGCAUUUAGUUAACUUUGCUGUGAACUGUUCAUACAGCAUUAAUUUCUGCUAGGGUGUGAUUGCUUGAAACAAAGCCGAGUGGCCUGCUGCUCUGACAUCUUCCUGACAUGCACAGUUCAAGGCUGUGGAUGUAGAGGGUAUUAAGGUCAGUCAUGCAGAACAAAGCCGGGCUGGGUGAGCAUUGAUUUCACAUGUUAUUCUUCUCUAGCCCACUAAUCUUGACUACUGUACCCCACCAAAAAUGUGGGCACUUGCCUAAAUAUAAAGGGAGCUGGAACUGGACAUUGAAACAUUAGGAUUAACUAAAUACAGACACCACAUCCACUUAGGUUAUCUGAUAGUGGGUGAUAAUAUCAAAAUGUCUAGACCUCUAAUACCUGCAAAUUUAAAACAAUGAUUAGCAUCAUCUUAGACCUGUUUAUUGUGCAAAUAUGUAAUUAUUUAUAAGUUCUUAUCAACGUGUAGGGAAAAUAGUCCUGAAACAGAUGAAUACACCGUUCAGAUACCAGGGAGCUCCCCUUUUAAACUAUCUACGUGCAGUAUUGUUUUUAGAAAAAGAUAAUGGUAUCUCUACUAAAGCUUUCAGCUGUGAGCAGCAGCGUUGGUGAACAUUUCCACUGGCAGUUUUAUCUGCUAGCUGGUCCAAAUGAGUAAGAAAUUUCAAUGUCCUGUUGCCUUUCUUGCAAGGUAGAAACAUGCUAUCAGAGGUAGUUCAUGCAUGCCAGUGCAAAAUCUGUUCCUUGUUAUUUGCAGAGAUCUCAAUUUCAGCACUUCCAUGCUACAUAUUGUAGGAAAAAAUGGGUGCAAUGCAGUAUGCUUUAAAUCUCAAUUCUUUGGAAAAUGUUGCAAUCUAAUAUAUUUUUGCUGUUUGUGAACGUGCAAAAGGCAUCAUCAACUAAUUUCAGAAAAUUAGCCACAAGUAUUUGCCGUGGAAGAAUGCAUUAAUUUUGGUUGGCUUGUCCUAGUUUUUCACCUUUACUAUACAUGAAUUUUGAAUGGCCAAGAAGUUAAUAUGGUGUAAGCAAGCAAACUGGACCACCCUUAACAGUUCUCAAGACUUUUUUCUUCUUUUGUUUCCAAAUUUGGCUUGUGCGUGCAUACCCUCCCUGUGCAGGUGUACACACCCCUUGUAGUUUAAGAAUUGCUGGCUUACUGCCUACUUCUUAAGUACAUGUGUGACCAGUUUCCCUGGAUGCCAGGCCCUGCUUCUCUGUGCCUCUCCCAACUGUACUCCUCUCCCUUCUUCUGGAGUAACAGCGUUUUUCCGUCCUGGUACUAUUUGAUCUCAUCCAGUCUCACCUUUUUCCCCUGGAAGGCCUGAGUCACUUUUGUGAGCCUUUUUAAUUGUAUGCCAGGAGCUUGCAGUAACUUCAAGCAGCCGAGGAGCUUUGCUCCUGCUAAAUGACUACUUGUUCUCCCUGCUCAGCUUCGCUCAGUAUGCUAAGAAAUGCUGGGACAAGGUUAGAGGUGCCACAAAAGGUUAGAGGUGCCACUUUGCUUCUGAUUGUCUUUAACUUAAUAGUAAAUAAUUUUUGCAUUGAGCUAGUCUUCUCCAGAUUUUACUGGAGGCUGUAUUCGGGGGUAGAUGUUAGAGGUAUGAGGGCAAAGGAGUUCCUGAUCUCUCUUGAUCAUGUCUCAUUGUUUUAGGUUUCAAAGCAGUGAAUGAAAGCAGAGUUAAGGCAGGGUAGAAACUGCCUGCCUUAAAGCAUUUCCUAUGUACUGGCGGAGUUGCCAACAGAGGUUAAUAGCAUAUCAAAGGGGUUAACUGCAUUGUGCUUCAUUGGAAGAGGCCAGUUUGACUUGCUUACAUAUGAAAAGAACAUUUAUUUUAAGAAAAGUAGCUAGAAAAGUAGACUAGCAGACUUUUGUUUGUAAAGGGAAUGCUCUGUCAAUGGGAGCAAAGCAAGAGCAAGAUGGAGUCCUUCCUGGGUAUGUUUUCACAACUUGGACUGACAGGCCCUGCAGGCAGUUCAGAGGACAGGCAGGAGGCAAACCAGCAGGUUCCUUCCUUAUCCAGACACUACCUCUCUGUUUCUUCUGACCCCUCCACUCUUUUUCCAUGAGGAGUCAAUGACCAGCUUACUGUAAAAGCAGUGUGCUCAGUAUGCGAAGCCAGCAAAUUUGUCAUCUCAAACAUGGUUCUGGUACAGGUUCACUGAAUUCUUUUCAUUGCUACUGAAUCUGAGUGGUUCAGAUCACUUACAUGAAUAAAAGAAACGAUAAUUAUGUUCAUGGAGUUUUUAAAGUCUGCUUUUCUAUGCAGGGCUUUAUGGAACUUGUCUUCAAAAUCCACUUCUCCAAUGAUUUUCAAAGUAUUUGAAAAGGCAGAUUUUAAAAUCGGACAAUUAAUUCUUCCUUCCCUCCACAUAGUUAGAUCAGCGUAAAGUUAAGCUGCACAUACAAGAAAAAGUGCCAGAAUCAGUACCAGGAAUUAUCCUGUGGCAGAAGCAUUGGGAAAAAAAAAACCAGGGAAAUGCUAUCUAAUUUCUUACAUCCUUAUAGCUUUUCUCUGGCCUAGAUGUUAGAUAUGGAAGAUCGUAUCUCGAGAAGGAAUCAAGGACAUCAUAAACUCAAAUAACCAUGAGGCUUUUCAAGUCUAGAAGACUGAAGUGGAGAAUACCUGCCUGUCCUGUAUGGCUGAGAUGCCGGAGGCAAGAAUUUUCUUAGAGGUCUUUUGAACAUGUAGUCAACACGCUUGGCAAACUUAGUAAAUUUGCAGUAGGAACUGGAUAAAAAUAAAAACUAGCUUUGUCUUCCAAAUGGUUUUUCCCUAGCUGGCUCUACAGUCUUCACAGAGAAAGUCUUUUCUGAAAGGCUAAUGCUGGAGCCACAUCCUGGACAGCCUAUCUCUUCCUAUUUCCUGCAAGUGUGAGGAGACCUGUGCUUUUUGGCAAAAAGUUAGCUUUCCUCAACUGUGCCCCAGGGAUCUGUUUCAUACCUAAGCCUUGUCACCCCAGGAUGAAGUCCUUUGGGAGCCCUGAUUGGUAGACAGGCUACAUAUAUUGCUAACACCUUACAACAGGGUUUUGCUUAACAGGAAGAGCAGUAGUCUCAGUCCCUUUGUCUCCAGUGCUGCUGGAAAAGGCACUGGUGCCCACAUCACACUGAGCACACACUUCCUCUGUAGAGGACAAAUGGCAGGCUCUGCUCUCCAGGUUUCUAUAGAUCUGAUGAUCUCCGUGGUGACAUCCUGAGAAUGAAAAGUAUGAUUGUUAUAACUAGAAAGUAGGUUUCUUUCCCAAGGUUACCUUCACAGGGGUUGAUUAACAUUGAGCAAUGAAACUCUUAUAAGAUGCAAUUAAAAAAACAAUACUAAACUUUAUACACUCCUUCCAAAAUCUAGUGUGCAGGUCCAUGAUUUGCAGCUCUGAAUUUCAUAGGUUAACUACUCAUAGUUGGUAGAAGUAUUUGUUUUAUCAUUUAUUCAUUCCAAAUGAUUCUGGUAUUCCUUGUCCUUGCCCUUGUGUCCUUAUUGUUUGAGACCAUGCAGAAAGGACAAAGUCAGGGGUUUUAUUGACUUCAUUUGCAGAGCCUUAGGAUAAUUUUUUGUACAUCUGAGGUUUCUAAAGAGCCACACCGGAGUAUUAUCUUUCUGGAAAUCUGUGAGCAGAUAGCCCUUGCUAAUAUACUUUUGUUUUAUGCAGAUCAAAGGCCUUUUUGCUGCUGAAACUACAGCUAUGGACAAUUUGUAUCUUUUUU